AUGGAGAAGAUCAAGAACGUCGUUUCCGGUCACCGCAAGAGCGAGGACGCGACGCACACUUCUCCGUCGACCGCUACAGGUAGUGAACAACAUCCCAUCUUCGACCAGAUGACGGGCCACAAGGAAGGCAACGAGGGCACUCUCACCUCAGCGGGCGGGCCGUAUGCCCAAGUACAAACCACGUCUGGCGAACCCUACACAGCCCUAGCACAGCCCAGCGACUCGCCUGGUCAUCAUGGCCAUGCGAGGCCAGAGCAUGUCGCCACUGGCAGCCCCAUUGGCGCUUCAAACACAACUUCGAGGGAGCCCAUUGGCAGCUCCAGCACAACCACUGGGGGACCCAUUGGAGGUUCCAACACUACCACAGGGGGCCCCAUCGGCAGCUCCAACACUACUUCUAGGGAACCCAUUGGAGGCUCCAGCACAACGUCUGGGGGAAACAUUCGCCCAGACUAUCCCACCGGAAAAGAUCAUCUCACCGCAGGCAUCAGCGACGCAAGUAUCAAAUCUGGCGUCAUUGGUUUUGGUGCAGGAGAGCGCCAGGAGCACGCUGCCUUGUCGACCCACAACCCCACUGAGCAGUACAUGGAUCGAAACCAGGUAGUCGGAGGUGGGAAUCCCGGAACUGCGGCUAUGACUGAGGGGAAGAACUUGACAUCCACUACGGGCGCCGAGCCUCACUCCCACUCUGGUACAACCCAACGGGACCCCACAGGCACUAAUGUUGGCGGCACUACGGCACAGCAACCGUAUGACAAUACUCUACGCCAGCAGAGCUAUACUGCCGACACUGAUCGCUCGUUCCCUCUUGCUGGAGGUGUUGCUUCACGACAACACCCACACGAGCACACCUUGCCCACUCAGCAUAAGACUGUCAGUGAGCGAGAGCCAGGUACCAAAGAGAGGGAAGCUGGACUCCAUAAAGGCCAUGGUCGAGAGGGCCUCGCCGGUGCAGCUACAGCCGCCACCGUUGGCGGUGUUGCCACGCAACGUCCACAUGAACAUACAUCAUCUACUCAACACAAGCCAAUCAGCGAGCGAGAGCCGGGCACGAAAGAGCGGGAAGUUGGCGUUCAUGAAGGUCAUGGCCGAGAGGGUCUAGCUGGUGCAGCUGCAGUCGCUACUACCGUAGGAGCCUCGAAAGCACUCUCCCACUCGGAGGAGCGGAAUGUUAAGGAUCAAGGCCUUGAGACUCGUCAGGCUACUUAUGGUAAUGUGCCACCAGCCACUUCAAGCAACACAUCAACGGGCCCAAUUGGUAGCACAACGGGCAGCACAACGCAUCACCACAAUCCAGAGGCAUUAGCUGCCGCAACUGCGGCUGCAUCAAAGUCUUCUACCAUCUCGCCUUCUGCGCAACAGCCAGGAUAUGGAACUCAGGAUCGCAGUGUCCCUGGUGCCUCUCAAUCAGCUACUUCAAGUGGCCCAGCCUUUGAAUCCUUCGGCGCUCUUAACCGUGACCGCCCUCACGGCACCCGAAGCGCGUCCCAUCGACAUGUCCCAGGCGAGUUCCCAAGCCCUACACCGGGCGAUGAGUCAAAGACUUUUCUUGACUACCAUUCGGUUGUAGAGCCCACAUCCGCUUCGGGUGCGCCUAUUGGCCAACAUUCGGCCGUAGAGCCUACGCCUACCAUAGAUGGUUCUACGGGUUCGCACGAGCUACGCCAUACUGGCAGCCUUGAGCAGCCACAAUCCAAGUCUUCUGACAUCCAUGAGGAACAUCAUCAUGGCCGCGAUGCUGCUCUUGCCGGCGGUCUGGGUGCUGGCGCCGCAGGCUUGGGCACGUAUGCGGCUUCCCAAAAGCACGCGACCUCAGACACCGGCAACAAGCCUCUUUAUGAAGAGGCAAGUCCAUAUAGCUCUAAGACGAUUGACCCUCGCGUACUGGGCACUAAGGCCAAAUUAGAGGAACAGCGAUUUGAUCCUCAGGCUCAGUCUGAAACUCUGCCUCAUCACGCGGCACAGACGUCUAACCCAACCGGUAUUUCCGCCGCGUCUGGUCCUACUGCUUCGCACGGCACUGCUAAGACCGAGGAUCCUCAGCAUCACUAUGGCCGCGACGCUGCUCUAGUUGGCGCAGGUGCUGCUACUGCUGGUGGAUUACAUCACACUCUUCAGCGUGAUGAUACACCAGGUACUGGUACGGCGGCUCUUCCUCCGAAUGCAUCAUACCCCUCAGCGCCUCUGUCAUCGUCGGCUAUCCCCCAGCAGUCUUCAAACACCUCUGCCGGAAUUGCACCCCAGCAACGUUCUCCAGGUAAUGACACUUUCUAUGGCACUCCUGGUGCCCCAGCUCCUGUAGUCAGCGGGAGUUCACCACAGCAACAGCCUUUGAGCAACUUGGGACAUACUUCUACCUCGGGACCUACUGCUAUUCCAGAUAGGGAUCCCCAGCAUCAUUAUGGGCGCGAUGCAACACUUGCAGGAGCCGGUGCUGCCACAGCUGGUGGACUCUACGCUGCAACCCGUGACAACAAGGCGAAUACCGGACCAGCUUCGAGCACUAUUGGCCCACACGACAGCAAUAUUGCAAAUGUCUUGGAUCCUAGGGUCCAGCCUGACCCGAGCAAACAAGUUCAUCACAAUGUCGGCCCGACCUCUCAGGACCCCGCCUCGAGGACAGUCGGCCCACACGACGGCAACAUUGCAAAUAUUGUCGACCCCAGGGUCCAGCCUGAUCCUUCGAAGCAGAAAGGUCAUACUACGACUGGACCGCAUCAGUCGGAUAGUCUCAACCGUGCAGACCCAAGGGUGGACGAGAAGGCCGGUGAGCAUCACUACGGCCGAGACGCUGCAGUCGUUGGUGGAACCGGUGCCGCAGGCUACGGUGCCUACGAAGCCGCGAAGGCUUACGGCGAGCAUCGAAACACUCAGCCUGGAGCCUCGAUAAACGAGCAACGCUACGGUACUACCGACAAGGUAGCCAACACCUCCAACACUGUCCCAACGCAAAGUCAGUAUAAUUAUAACGAUCCUAGCACCGCUAGCAACGUCAACCGCAAUACCGCUCUCGGUACUGGUGCUGGACUGGGUGCUGCAGGUGCGGGCGCAGGGGCUUAUGCCGGCUCGAAGCAUGCUGACAAUACCCAAAACCUGCCACUCCACCAAAAGCAGGACUUUGCUUAUUCGGCUGCACCGGGGUCGGUGCCGCAAUCUGGGUCGACUGGAGGUACCAUUGCGCCACAUAACACCCAUACACAAGAUCCCGUAGGCAAUCAACACUACAAUCCUAGCCAAGACCGGUCAGAGCAACAUCACGACAAGCGUGACGCAGCUCUUCUUGGUACUGCUGGAGCUGCAGCUGCCGGCGGAGGCGCAUAUGCAUACUCCCAGCACCAGGACGCCGAGCGCGAGCGUGCCCGUUUAGAAAAGGAGCAGCAAGAGCGCCUGAAGCACGAGGCACAUGAUCGCGAGAAGGAGCAACACCGCUUGGACAAAGAACAGCACAAGCACGAGAAGGAAGCUCACAAGCUCGAGAAGGAGCAGCACAAGCAUGACAAAGGCGUCGUCGCAGCCCAGCACAAGCAUGACAAAGAUGUAGCGGCUUACGAGAAGGAACAACACCAUCUUGAAACGGAGCAGCACAAACGCGACAAGGAGGCGGAGAAGGAAGCCCACAGGCUGGAGAAGGAGCGCGAGGGUGGAGAGAAGAAGAAGGGUGGCCUACUUGGAUUCUUGCACCGUGACAAGAGCAAGAAGGAGACGCCCUCUCCUGAAACUUCCCCGAGGCACUCAAAGGAGUACUCGCCUAGGGACUCGAAGGAGUACGCUGCGGCUGGUACAGCUGGCGCCCUUGGUGCUGGUACCACCGCGGCCGCUUAUGGGGAGGAGCAAGAUCCCGAAUCGCCUCGCUGGAAGGGUAAGAACCGUCUGCACAAGGACCCACCUCCCGGUCAUCCAGCACGCGAGGCACUAGAGAAUCAGAAUGAGGGCCAAGGCGAGCUUUACGGCGGGAAGAGGGAGCACGUCGGUAUUGAUGGACCGAUUGGGAAUCCCAACCUGAUCUCUGGAGAUAGGGAGACACAGAAAGGCGUCUACGGCGGCCACGAAAUUCAUGACACGGGCAAUCUUAGCGCUGGAACGGGUGGCGCCGACGCCAACCCGAACAUUGGGGGAUAUCACAAUGCCCCUAGUGCUCCUGGCCAUCAUCAUCAAACUGCGGCAAACCCGGAGGCUAUCCGAAAGGCUGAUACACCUUACUAA